AUGUUCAAAAGAAAGAAACCUCGUCAGAAUAGUGCUUCUACUUCACCAUCUUCAUCACCACCAAAUCAAGGUCUAUCUGGUAUUCUCCCAAGUGAACUAAAUCAAAAGAUUCUCCAACAACAACAACAACAACAACAAUCUUCUGAUAAAGAACAACACAAAGAUAAUAAAGAUCACCAACAACAACAGCAACAACAAAAAGAUAGUAAAGAACCAUUAAAAGACAACAAAGAAAAUAAUAAUAUCAGUGAUAACAAUAAUAAUAAUAAUAAUAGUAAUAAUAGUAGCACUGGUAGUAAUAAUAAUAAUAAUAAUAAUAGUAGUACUAUUAAUAAUAAUAAUAAUAGUAGCACUAGUAAUAAUAAUAAUAAUAAUAAUAAUAAUAAUAAUAAUAAUAGUAAUAAUAAUAAUAAUAGACGUGAAAAAGAUCGUGAUAGUAAUCGUGAAUCAAAUAAGGAUAAAGAUCAUGGAAGAAAGAAAAAGAAUAAAUCUAAAAGAUCUUCACCAACCAAUUCAUCUCCAGAGAAUUCCCCAUCACCAAAAUCAUCUCCACCAUCACCAUCCAUAGCAAUAACACAAAAUAAUAACAAUAACAACAAUAACAAUAGUAAUAGUAAUAAUAAUAAUAAUAGUUCACCAUCUUCUUUUUCAAAAUCACCAUCUUAUCCAAAGAAAUAUCAAAAGCCAAAUAUAAUACCAACUGACAAGAUAAAAGAAAAGAUUAACCAAACUGAUGACCACCACUCUAACAAAGAAUUUUCAAUGAUUCACGAUAGUGAAGAUGAUAAAAAAGAGUCUUCAAUGACACAACCUCCAUCACCAAAGAAAACAUCAUCAUCUUCAUCAUCAUCUUCAUCAUCUUCUUCAUCAUCUGCAUCACAAACACAAACACAAUCACCAUCUCUACCAUCAACCCAAUUGCCAACUACCACACAACAACCUCAAUCAAUUCAAACAUCACAACCAUCAACUACUACACAACCACAGCCACAACCACAACCAAUUUAUAAUAUUUCACAAGAAAACUUUUUACCACUUUUUGAUAAUUCAAAAUCAUCAGUAGAAAAACAAACGCUUUCAAAUAAUAACAAUAACACCAAUAACCAUAAUAAUAAUAAUAACAAUAAUAAUAAUAAUAAUAACAAUAAUAAUAACAAUAAUAACAAUAACCAGUACAAUAGUCAACCAUUUUCAUAUAAUAAUUCAACAUUUAAUUUUUCAAAGAAUAAAUAUCAUGGUAAUCAUGGUAAUCACCAUAAGAGAAAUGAAAAACCAAUUCAUAUUCCAUUAUGGUUAGAAGGACAUUAUACCAGUAAGGAUUUAUCAAGUUUAUCAUUUAAUAGAGAGAUUGAAUUGUUUUCACAAUGGUUGGAACCAAGUGAGUUGGAGUCAAGAAUACGACAAAAGAUAAUAAGAGAUUUGGAUGCUAUAGUUAAAUCAAAUUGGCCAAAAGCAAAUGUAGUGGUAUUUGGUUCCUUUUCUUCAAAUCUAUUCAUUCCUUCCAGUGAUAUUGAUAUUCAAAUCUCUGGCAUUAACAAUGCUGAAAGUGUAAAUAAAUACAAUCAAAAUCCAAUUAGAGACCUCUUUGAUAUAAUAAUUAGAAAUCAUCAAGACUCUUUCAUAAAUGUACGGAAUAUUUUCGGUGCUAAAGUUCCAAUCAUUAAAAUGACAAGUUCUCAUUCCCACUACAAUAUUGAUAUUUGUUUUGAUACUCCAAAUGGUAUUGAAAAUACUGCUGUUGUUAAAGGUUUAUUAAAACAAUAUAAAUCAAUGAGAACAUUACUUUUAAUAAUAAAAUUCUUUUUACAUCAAAAUAAUUUAAAUGAAACAUAUACUGGUGGAAUUGGAUCAUAUGCCUUGGCAUUGAUGGUAGUUAGUUUUAUACAACUUCGAUAUGUACCACAUCAAUAUCGUUGUCAAUCACCAACUAGUAAGAUUAGAAGAGAAUAUAGACAUGCAGGUGAUGCAACUGAUUAUGGCUCAAUGUUAAUUGAGUUUUUAGAACUCUAUGGAAGAUCAUUCAAUUACUCACUCUAUGGAAUCAGUUUAGAGAAUGGUGGAUACUAUUAUAAAAAGGAAGAACAAUGGGGUACAAGUUUAACAUUAAUCGAUCCACAUGAUAGAGAUAAUGAUGUCGGUAAGAGUAGUUUCAACAUUCCAUUCAUUAGAGGUGUACUUUGUAAUAGUUUCUUAAAGUUGGUCUCAAACGAUAUGAUAAAGGAUCAAUAUUCCCGUUUCUCUUUCCCAACUCAACUCUCUAAAUUCAUCGAGGAGCGUUUGGUUGAUCAAAUCGCUAGAGAGAGAAAAAAUAUUGUGAAAUAUGCAAAACAAUUAGAAGAUGAAAAAUUGUUACCACAAUUAGUUUCAAUGGAUGACCUUUUGGUUAAAACUCCACCAUUAGUAAUCAACCUAUUGGAUGAGGAUGAGGAUGAGGAGGACGAAGAAGAUCCAAGACAAAUUCAUAGCGAUGAAGAUAGUCAAGAUGAAGGAAAUAAUAAUAAAAAAUCAAAAGAUAAAAAUAAUCAAGAUAGUAACAAAAAGAAUGGUAGUAGCAGCAGCAGUAGUAGCAGUAGUGGUGAAGAGUUUUCAGAAUCAUCUCAAUCACAAAACGAAUGUUCAGAUAUACAUAGUUCAGGAUAUUCAGAAUAUUCAUCUUCUGAUUCUGAUGAUAGUAAUUCUUCCCACACAAACUCUGAUGACUCUGAAGGAGAAUUUUCAUCAAAAACAAAGAAUGAUAAAAAAAAUAAUAAUGAUAACCACCCAAAUGGAAAAGAUAUUCCACAAAAAUUAAAAGAGUCAAUAGGUUUCCCUUGGUAA